GGAGGGCGGGGAGCGGGGCCGGGACUGGUAGCGACGUGAGCCCUUUGUGGGUGAAGCUGUCUUCCGCACCGCUUUCCUUGCCGGAGCCGUAGGGGCCGCGCCGCCACCGCUGAGGGGCAUCGGCCCCGCGUCCUCCGGCCGUGGCGGGCGCCUGGGCAGAGCCGCCGGCAGCAUGCGGUGCCCCCUGCUGCUCCUCCGCCGCCGCCGCCUCCCUGCACAGCCGCUGCUCUAGAGCCCGGCGCGGUGGGGCAAUGGGCAGCGCUGCCCGCUGAGCAGCGGCGGUGCCGUGCGAGGCGCGGGAAUGUGGCGGCGGGCGGAGGGCAGCGGACGGAGCGGGGCGCGUCCCUCGGCAGGGCCCUGUGGAGCGCCCAGCCCCGCGUCCCUGCGCAGCGCCCAGCCAACGGGCGGCGGAGCGGGCCUGGCCGGGGCCGUCCUCCUGAUGGGGCUGGUGGCGGUCCUGCUGCCCUGUGCCCGGGCUCAGCUAAGUAUCAGGCAACAGCCUAUGAAUGUUGCUCCAUCUACAGGGUCUUUUCCUAACUGGAGAUCUAUACUGUCACCAACAAGGCCUUCCUCAGAAGCUAAGACUUCCUCAAUAGCUGAUAUUUCUAUGGGACAAACUUUGGAGAAUGCAAACUUGCUUCAGAUGAUUAAAACAACGCUGACUGGCACACGUACCAGGACUUUGGAUGAAACUCAUCUGUUGCCCACUCUCUAUCAAGGCAGUGGAAACAGUGCAUCCCAGGAACCUGCUGAAGUUUCAGCUGAGUCACCUCUAAGGUCAUCAGCUCAAGAUGCAGAUGAAACAGCUGCUGUAUCAGUGUUAUCUGGCGUAUCUUCUGGUGCAAUACCUACAGUAGGAACUUCAGAAGCAAAACCACUAACAAGAAAAUCAUCUCCAGCUUCACCAGUGCCAGCUUCUUCCUUCUUUUUUCUAGGCACUGAAAACACCUCUUUGCCAUCUGUGAUGGCUUUAAGCACACCCAUACUGACCCUAAUGAAAAAUAACACUGCCACAAAACUAGCCUCAGAUGUAAGCUCAGUAGGAGCACAGACAGAGUUCCCUUUUGCAACAACAAACACAACUGCAUCACCUGUGGACACGACAGCUAUACUCAUAACCCCUAAAAGCAGCUCAGUCACAGCUUCCACACUUGCACCCACAGCACAUGUCACAAGGCAGAUAGAAACAGCAGCCACUGACACCCAGAAGUUCCCAAGCUCAGAAAUGACCAAAACGUCAACCCCAUACCCACUGACGAUUACAGCAGCUUUGACAUCUAUUACAGCAUCAGCGAAAACAACUAGGCUAAGCCCUGCUCCCGUGGAAAGCACCUCUGCUCCUCCCGAAACCACGGCAGCAGCCGCUUUCGCUAACAUGACAGCAGCCCCUCCUCUGGACUGUCGGCUCUCCAGGAACCUUAUGGUUAAAACAGUUCUGUUUCUGAACACAAGGAGGAUGCUCAUCAGCAGUCCCUUCAAGGAGAGUGUGAGAAGAGGACUCAACCAAGUGCUGAGACAAGCUUUCAACCAAAAUGUCAGCGUACAGAUUGAAAUUCUGGAGCAAUCAAAUAACGUAACGGUUGGCUACUACGUUACACGAGGGAGACUGGUCUUUAUGCCAGCUGCUGUAAUUGAGAGGCUGCUUGCAUAUGGCAUUAGUAAUGCCACAGCAGACAUAAAGCAGCAUGUGCCACAUCUCCAGUCCGUGGCAGCCCUAGCCCUGCCGUGGAAGCCUCUUCCCGCAUACCACUUCCAGCUGAAAACAGAGCUGCAGUUUGUGGGUCAGACAGACAAUAUACAGUCAUGCAAAUUUGCUCAGACCAUGGAGCAACGGUUACAGAGAGCGUUCCAGGAUGCUGAAAGAAAAGUCUUAAACACCAGCAACAACCUAACAGUUCAGAUUUUGAACACCUCCAACAUCUCCCAGGCUGUCACUCUGUUUUAUGUAGUGAACAAUCAAAGCACAACUCUAAAUGGCACUGUUUCCAGCAACCUUCUCAAUCAGCUGUCUGCUGAGCUGGUGGGUUUCUACCUAACCUACCCACCCCUCACCAUUGCAGAAUCCUUGGAGUAUCCAAACCUUGAUGUCUCAGAGUCAACUAGAGACUACUGGGUGAUAACAGUUAUUCAAGGGGUUGAUAUUGCAUUACUUGGACUGAACAACCAGAGCUUUGCAAGAUUAAUGGAGCAGCGUUUGGCCCCACUCUUUAUGAUGUCACAUCAGCAAGGAAGGCGAUUCAAACGUGCCACUACUGUGGGCAGCUACACUGUGCAGAUGGUAAAAAUCCAACGUAUUCCAGGACCCAAGGAGCCAGCUGAACUGACAUACUAUACUUUAUACAAUGGGAAGCCUCUGCUGGGCACUGCAGCUGCCAAAAUAUUGAGCACCGUUGACUCCCAGCGGAUGGCCUUGACACUGGGUUAUGUUAUUCAAGUUCAAGCUGAUCCUGUGGUGAAGAACCCCCCAAACAACCUGUGGAUCAUUGCAGCGGUGCUGGCUCCCAUUGCUGUGGUUACAGUUAUCAUUAUCAUCAUCACAGCAGUUCUGUGCAGAAAGAACAAGAAUGACUUCAAACCAGACACCAUGAUGAACCUGCCUCAGAGAGCUAAACCAGUACAAGGCUUUGACUAUGCCAAGCAACACUUAGGUCAGCAGGGAGCUGAAGAUGAGGUUCUACCUGUAACUCAGGAGACUGUCGUACUUCCACUUCCAGUUAGAGAUGCUCCGUCUUCUCAAGAGAGAGAAAUUACUCAGGAUGGGAGCACCAUCAAAACUGCCAAAUCCAAUGAAACAAGGAAAAGCCGAUCCCCGAGUCAGAAUGGCUCCAUCCUCAGCAAUGGGUCAGGGAAGCCCAGCUCCAGCCGGAGCUCCCUCCAGAAAGUAAUGGCACCUCAAAAAGUGGCAAAAGAUGAAGGAAGGAAGAGAAACGUGCCCCUAAGUGAUGAAGAGGAAGGAGGCAUUCUCUUUGACAACAUUGCGAAAUCUGCCAUUGACCCCUUUGACACCUCUUCUGGAUCGGUGCAGCUGAUUGCUAUCAAGCCUGUGGCGCUGCCUGCUGUUCAUGCUGCGUCAGAUAGGAGCCAGGAAUCUGCUAUUAUUAAUGGAGAGGUGAACAAGGCUUUGAAGCAGAAGUCCGACAUAGAACAUUACCGCAACAAGCUGCGUUUGAAAGCCAAGAGGAAGGGGUACUAUGACUUCCCACAGGUUGAUAACAAGGGGCUGACAGAGCGAAAAAGGAUGUAUGAAAAAAAUCAGAAAGAGCUUGAGCACAUUUUGGAUCCAGAUGCAGAUGUCUCCUCUCCUUUUGCUGAGCCUAAGAACAGGCAACCAGUGAAGAAUUCAGUAUACAGAAGCAGGCAGUCCUUGAACAGUCCUAGCCCAGGAGAAACAGAGAUGGAUCUUCUCGUGACUCGAGAAAGACCUAGGCGUGGAAUCCGUAACAGUGGAUAUGAUACUGAGCCCGAAAUUAUAGAAGAAACAAAUGUUGACCGUGUCAAUGAGCCUCGGAGUUACGUCAGGUCCCGUCAGGCCAAAGGCCACUCGGAGACCUCAACUUUAAGUUCUCAGCCCUCCAUUGAUGAGGUCCGACAGCAGAUGCAUAUGCUCUUGGAAGAGGCUUUCAGCCUGGCCUCUGCAGGCCACGGAGGACAGAGCAGGCAGGAGGCAUACAGCUCAGCACCGCACCUGCCCUACUCGGAGGUUGUGACCAGUGCCCCUGGUACCAUGACCCGUACUAGAGGGGGAGUACAGUGGGUACCCACAUACAGACCAGAAAUGUAUCAGUACAGUUUACCAAGACCAGCUUACAGAUUUUCUCAGCUUCCUGAGAUGGUAAUGGGUUCUCCUCCUCCUCCAGUCCCUCCCAGGACGGGUCCUGUGGCUGUUGCUUCUCUCAGGAGGUCUACAUCAGAUAUUGGCAGUAAAGUGAGAAUACCUGAAUCCAGUGGGGCAGAUCAGGCUCAGCAUCAUGAUCAAGCAUCUUUUGCACCUGGCUCGAGAGCUCAGAUGUCUGUUGGUCCACUUGAUCAAUCAGCUUUUCACUCAGGAAAUACAGUACCAGCAGUGUUUGCCAUACCAGCAGCAAACCGACCUGGCUUCACAGGCUACUUUAUCCCAACACCACCCACUGCAUACAGGAACCAAGCCUGGAUGCCCUAUGCUGGAGAGAAUGAAUUACCUGGGCAGUGGGCAGACUCAGUGCCACUGCCAGGGUACAUCGAGGCUUAUCCACGGCCCCGCUACCAACAUAAUUCUCCUUCGCGCCUCCCUCGCCAGUACAGCCAGCAGGCAAGCAUGCAUCCCAGCCUGGAACAAGCUCCUCUGCCCUCCACUGCAGCUUCUCAGCAGAGCCUGACAGAAAAUGACCCGUCUGAUGCCCCUCUCACCAACAUUUCUACAGCUGCUCUCGUAAAGGCAAUAAGAGAAGAAGUUGCUAAACUGGCCAAGAAGCAAACUGAUAUGUUUGAGUUCCAGGUCUAGUUCCUUUUGUGCACAGUAUUUGUUUCAUCCAACCUCGAGUAGCCAGGAAAGCGACUCCUUUAAUUUUCUGUCAUGAACUUGCAAUGAAUUGUGCCAAGGUGAUGGCAUUUUUCUCUGUCUGAAAAGUCAGCACUAUGAAGUGACUUAAAGUAGAGCAGCAGGACUCUGAAGAUACUUAAUACUGCUUGCCAGCUAAGGAAAUGAUGCCAGGUAACUUUUUAAUACGGCUAAGAUUGUUCAUAUGCAAUUGUCACUUAACUUUCACAUUGCCAUUCAUUGUCACUGGAGAUGCUGCUGAGCGUGUCUGUGCCACACAAUAUUUCAUUUGCAGGCCCAAAGGCAGAGCUGCUGAAAAUAACUUCUGCAUGUCAAAACUUUGAUUAAAGAAGACAAUACCAUAGACCGUGGUUAGCUAAGUGUGGCAGUGGCAGUGUUAAUUCUUUGCUGCAGGACAUUGUAUAAAGGAUGCUGAUUUCAGCAAUGCAGUAAUUCAGCCUUUUCAUUCCAGAGGCCAUAUUCAAACCAAAAGAAUUUGAGAUGAGUAGGUAAUACAAAUAAAUGUCCUCUAAAUAGCCCUGGUUCUCCUCAUCCUAUUAACAGUACAAAGGAGUGAAAGAAGAGGCGACUGUGAAGAAGGUGGAUGAUAUUUUGAUAAUCACUGGCUACCUUAUCCUUUAGUGCCAUUGAUGAGUUAUGGAGGAGAUUUUUUUCAGCGUGAGGGAAUACAAUGCAUGAAGAACCAGCAAAGGAUAUUGGUGCUAGAAGCUUCCAGGAGAAAUGAAAAAAACAUUAUUCACCUUUGUUCUACAUUCAGGCUUUUCACUCUGAAUGCAUGGAAGCUGGUGAACCUCAGACCUUUGAGCAAGUCUCUCCAACCUGGAACAACAAAUACACCUGCUCGGACAAGAAAACCUCUGUGUAACACAAUACUUUUUUUCUCUUUCUUGAACAAUGUUAUCUAUUAAAAGGAUGCCAGAAAGUGCUACCUGAAGCUGCAGUUGAUUUUGAUUACACUGGAAUAGUGAAUGCACACCUAGGAAGUUCUGAAUGUAGAGGACCUGAUUAUUAUAUUAACGUGUAAAUAAGUAAGGAGUAACACAAAAACUAAUGUCCAGUGAAAAAGAAAGCAUUUACAGAAAUUAUGCUGACUUUACAUUGUGCAAGAUAAAGGUCACUAAUUGUUAAACUGCAUUGUUGUAUGAAUCCAGUCCCAAAAGAAGAUCAAGCCAGUCAAAUGGGAUAGUAAUUUAUCUUUUGCAGUUGUACAAACUUGUUGGAGACCACAAACAGUUGUUUUCAGUUCCUUUAGCAUUUACCUCUGGGAACUGAAGUUGUUGCAGAAUUUGUUGUGUUGGGCAUGUUUGAUGUCAACUGGACUUAACGGUAAUGUCCUUCAUUUCAGGAAGUUCUUUAGUUAUCCUCAGUUGCUUAUGCUUAUGUCUGAACAUUUCAUUUCCCUGAGUUUCUUUGGUCUUUACUGAGGUGAAAAAGGGCCCUUGGUUUAGCUUUUUGGCCAUCAGUCAAAUGAGAGGAAGAAAGAGAAGACUAGAAUAGGGGAUAGAAGAAGAAUAAAUUGCUGAAGCACAAACUUUCAAAGCAGAGCUAGUUUUCCCCCAAAAUAAUUGUCUUAUAAACCCUGACUGAGAUUGUGGUACGUAGCUAUCCUAGAAUAUACAGAUAUCUUCUGCUCCUGUAUCUUGAAUAUUGCAGAAGCUUUUGGAAUGCUAGCUACUCCCCCCCAAAAAAAGUGAAAUUUGAUUUUUAUUAUUUAAGAAUCAGCUAUAAAUAAAAUGUAUUUUUGUAAUUUCUAUGUACAUAUGUGCUGUAUAUUUAUAUGUGACUUGUCUGCUAUAGUCAGAAAAUGUCCAUAAACCAAGUGCAAAUUCAAAAGAAAAAAAAACAAAGCCCUCUGGUAAUUUAAAAGAUCAAUAUGAAAAUGCCAUGUCUGGAGUACAAAUAUAUAUAUUUGGGUGACUUGGAUGUGAAAGAACCAAAGAAAAUCAAUCUUUCCUAUGUGUCUUGUGAAGACAGAUUGCUGUCUCAGUUACCCAUCAGCUAAAUUAUACGAAAUAAUGCAGAGUAAUGCAAUAUAUCUAAAUGGUGUUGAAUUGAUAGCUGCCUAAAGAGUAUCACUCUUCAAAAUAACAACUUAAAAAUGCUGGGCCAAACUCAGUGUGCCACAAAAAGCCUAGUUCUGGUUGUCUUCAGUGAGAAGCUCGCUGAGAGCAAGGCUGAACUUCUCUGUUAGGGUUCAUCUACACAUGCAAGUUCCACCAGAAUCCCAUGUUUAUUUUUCAGUCCUGUAAAUCACUGCCAUGUAAGUACAGACACCACUGAAGAGCUAUUUAUUUAACCUAAACUGGUUCAUAACUGUUUUGACCUAACUUGGUAAGUGAACUCUACAGUAAAUUGUGUCAACCACAUUUUGCAUCAGCUUUAUUACUUCAGUUUUUAAGUUGUUCUUAGCCCGGUGAAAUUUUGUAAGUACCUAGGCCCUUCUAUGCAAUGCGACUGAAAUGUGCUGUGAAAUAAAUGUCUGUGUCUCAGACUCCAGUUUUGCAGAGUUACUUUGAAGCUGCAAGCAUGGAACAGCAGCAAUCACUUGGACGAGAGUGCUGAAGCCAUACAGCUGGGAAAGGUAAUGGUAUGAUGCAUUCCCAAAAGCCACAGGAGGUAGGACGUACCAGAUUUAAACAGCAUCUUGGGAACACUUAGCUCUGUUUGUACAUCUGUACCAAUUCUUAAGUUUAAUCAAUUUAGUAGUUCUGUCAGAAUAUAUGGGAGGGUAAAGCCUCAAAUAUCUGAUGAAGCAUAUAUCUGACCAUACUGGAAUGUAAAAAGUUUGGCAAUUAUGUAGAUGUACAGAGUUUGAAUGUCUACAUGCAAACAAAAUGAACAAAUAGGGAAAACCCAAAUCAUUUCAGUAAAGUUAAACAAAGUACUCUUCACACUAGUGAGAAAGACCUUUUUGACAUUCAAAAUCAGUUUUGUUUGGUAUUGUAUCGAGAAUGUGCAGUCUGCUGAAUUUCCCCCAAGCCAUCACUCUGAAACCAUUGUGGUGCACUUUAUUCACAGACAUCUUCCCUUCUUCAUGCAUAAUGACUUUUUAUCCUGAUUGUAUUAUUUUGUUCUGGUUUAAGUACAAUGUAAGGACAUUCCCUGGGAAAGAAAAAAUCAUGCUGUAUCAUUUAUACUGUCUGAGCACAAAGCAAUGAUAAAGUGAAAAUAUAGUGUACAAAUAAUUUGUAAUAUAAUAAACAUUUUGUAUGGCUACAAUUACAA